AUGGGCCAUAAGGAAGUAGUCCUUCUAUUUCUCUUGUUUCUGAAACCAGGCCAAGGGGACCCCCUGGAUGGCUAUGUAAGCACACAAGGGGCUUCACUGUUCAGCCUCACCAAGAAGCAGGUAGAGGCAGGGAGCAUAAGGGACUGCACAGCUAAAUGUGAAGCGGAAACCGAAUUCGUCUGCAGGUCAUUCCAGUACCACAGCAAAGAGCAGCAAUGUGUGAUCAUGGCCGAGAACAGCAAGGCUUCCCCCAUCAUCCGCAUGAGAGAUGUCAUCUUAUUUGAAAAGAGAGUGUAUUUGUCGGAAUGUAAGACUGGCAUUGGGAAGAGCUACAGAGGAACCAUGUCCAAGACGAAGAAUGGUGUUACCUGUCAAAAGUGGGCCUCCACAUCCCCCCACGUACCCAACUAUUCCCCCAGUACACACCCCAGGGAGGGACUGGAGGAGAACUACUGCAGAAACCCAGACAGCGAUGAGCGGGGACCCUGGUGCUACACGACGGACCCAGACAAGAGAUAUGACUACUGUGACAUCCCUGAAUGUGAAGAGGAAUGUAUGCACUGCAGUGGAGAAAAUUAUGAGGGAAAAAUCUCCAAGACCAUGUCUGGACUUGAGUGCCAGGCCUGGGACUCACAGAGCCCACACACCCAUGGAUAUAUUCCUGCCAAAUUUCCAAGCAAGAACCUAAAGAUGAAUUACUGUCGUAAUCCUGAUGGGGAGCCUCGCCCCUGGUGUUUCACCACAGACCUCAACAAACGCUGGGAAUACUGCGACAUCCCCCGCUGCACAACACCCCCACCCCCUCCUGGUCCAACCUAUCAAUGUCUGAAGGGAAGAGGAGAGAACUACAGAGGGACCGUGGCUGUCACUGUGUCCGGGAAAACCUGUCAGCGCUGGAGUGAGCAGACUCCUCAGAAGCACAACAGGACACCAGAAAAUUUCCCCUGCAAAAAUUUGGAAGAAAACUACUGUCGUAACCCUGAUGGAAAGACUGCUCCCUGGUGCUAUACCACCGACAGCGAAGUGAAGUGGGAAUACUGUGACAUUCCGUCCUGUGAUUCCUCUGCAUCAUUGUCUGUCUGCUCCACAUCUUAUUUGGCUCCAUUUCUUCUGCUUCUACCAGAGCAAACUCCUGUGGUCCAGGAAUGCUACCAAGGCAACGGGCAGAGCUACCGGGGUACCUCGUCCACCACCAUCACAGGGAAAAAGUGCCAGUCCUGGGCAUCUAUGACCCCGCACCGGCAUCAGAAGACCCCAGAGAAUUUCCCAAAUGCCGGCUUAGAAAUGAACUACUGCAGGAACCCAGAUGCCGACAAGGGCCCUUGGUGCUACACCACUGACCCGAGAGUCAGGUGGGAAUACUGCAACCUGAGGAGAUGCUCUGAGACCGGAGGGGGCGCUGCAGAAUCACCCGUGGUUCCCCAAAUUCCAGACAUGCAGGCCACCCCUGAGCCAGACUGCAUGAACGGGAAUGGUAAAGACUAUCGGGGCAAAACGGCCGUGACUGCCGCUGGCAUUCCCUGCCAGGAAUGGGCUGCCCAGGAGCCCCACAGGCACAGCAUCUUCACCCCACAGACAAACCCACGGGCAGGUCUCGAAAAGAAUUACUGCCGAAACCCAGAUGGCGAUGUCAAUGGUCCUUGGUGCUAUACAACGAACCCCAGAAAACUUUACGAUUACUGUGACGUCCCAUUGUGUGGUAAACCCUCAUUUGAGUGUGGGAAGCCUCAGGUGGAGCCGAAGAAAUGCUCUGGGAGGGUGGUGGGUGGCUGUGUGGCCCAUCCGCACUCCUGGCCCUGGCAAAUCAGUCUUAGAACAAGACUCACUGGACAGCACUUCUGCGGAGGAACUUUAAUCUCCCCGGAGUGGGUGUUGACCGCUGCACACUGCUUGGAGAAAUCUUCAAGACCGUCAUUCUACAAGGUUGUCCUGGGUGCACAUGAAGAAGACAUUCGUGGGUCAGAUGUUCAGCAAAUACAAGUAAACAAACUGUUCUUGGAACCCAACCGAGCUGACAUGGCCCUGCUGAAGCUAACCAGUCCCGCCAUCAUCACCGAUAAAGUCAUUCCAGCUUGUCUGCCAUCUGCAAAUUAUGUGGUUGCUGACCGGACACUUUGCUACAUCACUGGCUGGGGAGAAACUCAAGGGACUUUCGGGGCUGGCCUUCUCAAGGAGGCCCAGCUGCCUGUGAUUGAAAACAAGGUAUGCAACCGUUACGAGUAUCUCAACGGCAGAGUCAAAUCCACCGAGCUCUGUGCCGGGAACUUGUCUGGUGGCACCGACAGCUGCCAGGGUGACAGUGGAGGACCUCUGGUUUGCUUCGAGAAGGACAAGUAUAUUUUACAAGGAGUCACUUCGUGGGGUCUUGGCUGUGCUCGCCCCAAUAAGCCCGGUGUCUACGUUCGUGUCUCACGCUUCGUUAAUUGGAUAGAAGAAGUGAUGAAAAAUAAUUAAUGGGACGGGAGGCAGAGCACAACAUCCACUUACUAAAACUUCCUAGAAGCUGAAAUGUGGGGUGAGGACUUAGGUUUCUUGGAAAUAAUUGACAGUAAUCAAACUGAGACACUACACCAAACCCCCAACCCCGUCACCGCUUGGCCCCUUUUUUGUAUUGUUCUGGGUAAAUUUCUUCCUGUCUAUGGACUUCUGGGUUUUGUGAUA